AUGUUUCCGAUGCCAUUCAAACAACAGCAGCAGCAACAAUUUUCAUAUCCAUCCGCUUCCUCCUCUUCACAACAACCACCACAACAAUCACAACAUUAUGGUUUUUUUCACAACAACAACCAACAUCAACAACAGUUUUAUGAUGACAACCAUCCCAAUGAACAAUUUUUUAUUGGAGGAAUUUCCAAUGCAUCAAAUCAACCACAACAACCAUAUCAACCUCAACCACAACACCAAAUUCUAACCUAUCCCAAUAAUAAUAAUAAUAAUUUUAUCCAUCCAACAACAACGUCUUCAUGGUCUGCCAGUCUUUCUGAAUCGGGACAUUCCUCCUCGGCAGGUCAUUACCAACACGAUCAUUUGCAGCCACAACCACACCUCACAACAACAACAACAACGAAUAUUAACACAUCGACGAGUUCUCUUUUUGAUGGAGUGAAACAAUUCUUUACAGGAAUUUUAACUCCAGAAAUUCCAUUUUCAUCAACGUCGAGAAAUCAUGGCCACGAUGAAGAUGAUGAAGACGAUUCGUCAAGUGAGGAAGAUCCCGAGAGAGACAUUGAAGAAUUGUAUGGAUUGACAAAAAAGAAGCGAUCACAAGAGGUACGAAGACCAAGUCAUAAUGUCACUCAUCAUCAUGAUCUCGGUCAUGCUUCUGAAGCAGUAGAGGGCAUGACAUUUGGAAAUUCAAAAAUUAUCUCAACGACUGGCCGAGGUCAAUUACUUUCACCCAACAAGGACUUUGAUUUAUCUAAAUGUUCAAAAUUGGCUGUAAAAUUGAGAUAUGAAAAAACAGUCGUUGAAAAACAAAUGGAAAUGGAACGAGAGUGGAUGAUGUGGAACUCGACGAGAAAACCAACGUCACAAGAAGAAGAAACCAUGUAUGACAAGUUGAAAACGAGAGAAAAAUUUCAUGAUGAUCAUGAUUAUGGUUUCUAUGACGAUCUUGCCAACGAGACACCAACCACAACUACCGUUAAAGAAAAAUCAGAAACCUCUAAAAUCUCCAAAACAAAAGAACAAAUCAUUGAAGUGGAUGUUCCUUUCACAAUGUAUGCCAUCGGUUAUACAAGCUUCGGAGCACCUCUCUGUAUUUCAAGCUCAGAUCAAAAAAACGGACCCAAAACGAUUCACAGCAUGGCAUCCAUUCCAAAGCAUGAAAAAAUUUUGAAAAAGAAAUCACUCAAAUUGGAAGAAAUUUCACAAUUUGAAAGCUUUCGAUUUUUGGAUACACGCACACAAAAUUCUGGUGUUGCAACAACAAGUAGUACGGUCAUGAAUGAGAGUGACACGGCAUUGGAUAGCGGAGAUGCAAAUGAUACAGGUGCCAAUGCUCUCUUAUCUGUUCAAGAAGAAAUAGUGACCUUAAAUUUGAAAAAACCAAAAGCCUUUGCACCAAACAAGAACAAUUCGGGAGAUUCAUCAUCCUCUUCAAUACUAUUGCAUGACGAGAGAUUUCACUAUGUGAUAUUUUUUGUGGAAUUUGUCAUGCCUGAAACCAUUCUCAAGGAACGAAUUCAAAAAUCUAAAGGGGAUACGACCAUUGUAAAACAUGUACCAUUUUGUAAUCGAAUGCAAUUAAGUAUUUUAGACAUUUCCUAUGGAGAAGACAAUGCAAGAGAGCUCUGUCGAUUUUACACCAAUGUAAAUAAUACCAAAAAUUAUUUCGGAAAGCAAAUUGUUGGAGGAAUUCAUUUUAAAACAAAGGAAAGAAUUUGGAAAUUUAGAUCGAGUAAUGAAUUUAAACCAAUACCACCUCGGAAAUUAAUUGUGAAAUUGGAGAGCGUGGAAGAUAUACCAUUUUUGUCGGAUGUGUAUAUUUCUCUAUGGUUUACAGAUAGAAAGUUUAAAACAAAGGUCAUUAAGAGUAAAAAUCCAAAAUUCAAUGAAACGUUUGAAUAUGACAUUUCAUGUGUGGCCAGUGAAGCAGAGACAUGUUAUAGCGUCAUGUUUGAACCCGUUCGUAUUCUUCUCAAAGAAAAGAAAGCUUUCCAAAAAGAGAAUAAGCGUUUAAUUGGAGAAGUGAGCUUACCACCUCUUCCCCAUAUUUUCUCAGGCAACAAUUAUGUGUUUGCCUUUUCAUUUCCACCAUUGGCAAGUAAUACGAGUGAAGAAGAACGCUCAGAUCGAAAGAAGGGACCUAUUCUAUGUUUUUCAUCCGAGUAUGGGUUACAGAAUCAGGGAACCAUGACAUCGGCACGGGCCAAGGUAGCUCUGUUUUUGGCGUGGUAG